AUGGCGGUCACGGAGGCUGAAACUGCGGCUUUUAGUCGUUUGUACGAGGAUCUAGGGGCCAAAGGCGGGGAAAAGAAACUAUUCCAGCUGGCUAAGGCGAGGGAGAGGAAGGCACAGGAUCUGGAUCAAGUGAGGUGUAUCAAAGACGAGGACGAAAGGGACCAGGAUAUUGUGUUAGGCGAGUUGGGGCGUUCCGAGAGCCACCGCGAUUUUGGGUACUGUAGGCGCAUCAAGGUUGGGGAGGUCGUGGGAGCUAUGCGAAAGAUGAGCAGGGGCAGAGCUACCAGGCCUAACGAGAUUCCGGUAGAAUUUUGGAGGUGUGUGGGUAGAUCAAGUCUGGAGUGGCUGAUAGGGCUGUUUAAUGUUAUUUUCAAGACGAAGAGGAUGUCGGACAAGUGGAGGUGGAGUAUAGUGGUUUCUUUGUACAAGAAUAAAGGUGACAUCCAGAGUUGCAACAAUUAUAGGAGUAUCAAACUAUUGAGUCACACCAUUAAAGUGUGGGAGAGGGUAGUAGAAGCGAGGGUGGGGAAGACAGUGUCUAUAUCAGACAACUAG